GCAACUUCAUCUCCUUCACCCACUUCACCAGUCGUCUCCAAGAAAUAUCCAAACGAUAAACUAUUCUCUUCUCACGUUCCGAACCACCUCUCUCUCUCUCUCUGUAAACUCUCUUCCACUCUCUAAGGAGAAUAUGCUUCUUCUGCCGGCGCCGCUUCCGACUCGAUUCCCUUCGUAUCAUUUCUUAUCUCCGGUUCUCCGCGACCACCGCAUUCUCCAGCCACCACUCCUCGCCACCACCUCUGCUGCCGUCACCACCGCUUCUGGAGAAGCCACUCAGUUCUCCAAGCCACUCAACGAAUACGGCAGCAGCGGCGACCUUAAUUCUGUGCCGAACCGCCGCUACGACUUCACUCCACUGCUCCGGUUUCUGUCCAAUUCAGAAUCCGACUCUGAUUCCGGAGCCGAAGUCGAGUCUCCUCCUCCGACCUCUCUGGACUUCACUGAGUUCCAGCUCGUGGAGUCUUACCGAGCCGUGCCGGCUCCGCUGUGGCACUCGCUUCUUAAAUCGCUAUGCUCAGAUUCGUCCUCAAUUGGAACUGCGUAUUCCCUAGUUACAUGGCUUGAGAGGCACAACCUCUGUUUUUCUUACGAGUUGCUCUACUCGAUUCUUAUUCACGCUCUGGGACGCUCCGAGAAGCUUUACGAAGCGUUCUUGCUUUCUCAAAGACAAACCCUAACUCCAUUGACAUACAAUGCCCUAAUUGGGGCCUGUGCUCGUAACGAUGACCUCGAAAAAGCCCUAAAUUUGAUGUCUCGGAUGCGCCGUGAUGGUUACCCAUCCGAUUUCGUGAAUUACAGCUUCAUAAUUCAGUCGCUGACUCGUACUAACAAGAGUGAUUCUUCAAUGUUGCAGAAAAUUUAUGCGGAGAUUGAGUCAGAUAAGAUUGAGCUUGAUGGACAGCUCUUGAAUGAUAUAAUCGUGGGGUUUGCGAAAUCUGGUGAUGUGAACCGGGCAAUGUCCUUUCUGGCCAUGGUACAGGGCAAUGGGUUGAGCCCAAAAACUGCUACUCUUGUUGCAGUUAUAACUGCAUUGGGGAAUGCUGGUAGGACAGAGGAGGCGGAGGCUAUUUUUGAGGAGUUAAAAGAAGGUGGAUUGAUGCCAAGGACAAGGGCUUAUAAUGCUCUUCUCAAAGGGUACGUGAAAACAGGUUCUUUGAAAGAUGCUGAAUCCAUUGUGUCGGAGAUGGAGAGGAGUGGGUUUUCCCCAGAUGAGCACACUUAUAGUCUUCUUAUUGAUGCAUAUGCAAAUGCAGGUAGGUGGGAAAGCGCAAGAAUUGUGUUGAAGGAAAUGGAAGCAAGUGGUGUACGGCCUAAUUCUUAUGUUUUUAGCAGAAUUUUAGCAAGUUAUCGUGAUAGAGGAAAAUGGCAAAAAUCAUUUCAGGUUCUGAGGGAGAUGAGGAAUAGCGGGGUGUCCCCUGAUAGGCAUUUUUACAAUGUGAUGAUCGAUACGUUUGGCAAGUGUAAUUGUCUAGAUCACGCACUGGCCACAUUUGACCGGAUGAGAAUGGAGGGUGUACAGCCUGAUGCUGUCACAUGGAAUACGCUCAUAGAUUGUCACUGUAAGUCUGGGCACCACAAUAAAGCAGAAGAGUUGUUUGAGGCAAUGCAGGAAAGUGGGUGCUCUCCUUGCACUACAACAUAUAAUAUUAUGAUUAAUUCUUUUGGGGAGCAGGAGAGAUGGGAGGAUGUGAAGACCUUGUUGGGGAAGAUGCAGAGUCAGGGGUUGCUGGCCAAUGUUGUUACAUACACCACACUGGUUGAUAUUUAUGGACAAUCAGGGAGAUUUAAGGAUGCAAUAGAGUGCUUGGAGGUCAUGAAAUCUGUUGGGUUGAAGCCAUCCUCAACCAUGUAUAAUGCACUAAUUAAUGCAUAUGCACAAAGGGGUUUGUCUGAGCAAGCAAUAAAUGCAUUUAGGGUCAUGAGAGCAGAUGGUCUAAAGCCCAGUGUGUUGGUUCUCAACUCCUUAAUCAAUGCAUUUGGUGAGGAUAGAAGGGAUGCUGAAGCUUUUUCUGUGUUGCAGUACAUGAAGGAAAAUGACUUGAAGCCAGAUGUUGUUACAUAUACUACACUCAUGAAAGCUCUAAUUCGGGUUGAGAAGUUUGACAAGGUUCCAGCUGUGUAUGAAGAAAUGACUCUAUCUGGGUGUACUCCAGAUAGGAAAGCCAGAGCAAUGUUGCGGUCUGCUCUCAGAUACAUGGAGCGAACACUAAAAUCAUAGUUGACAAGCAGAGUCAAGUCAUCCAAUCAAAGCAAACCACAGGACUAAAAUUAAAUGCCAUGUUUGGUCUAGUCAAUGGUGGUCCAUUUGAGGAGUUGUUGUUGUAACUGAAGAAAGAAAAAUCCAAUUCCAAGAUCAACUAUGUUCAGAAUUCUGGAAACAGGGCAAGAAAAUACCGGAAACAGAAACACAUGGAAGGAUUUGAAGAUUGAAGAACCAAACACCAAACCCCCAUCUCAAUUUAGUAUGUAAUAUAAUUUUCCCACAUGCACCAAAGGAAAUAGACACAAUGCAGCUCAGGUGCAUGCCUGUGUCUUCUAUCAUAUUUGCAUCAAUCUCAAUCAUUACUGUAUCAUGUUGUGGAACAUCGACCAUGCACUCAUAUAUUCAUUAAUUUUAUUUCUUGGGUUGUUUUGUAAUGGAGAGAAUAUCAGAAAGGCCGGUGGCCUUGGACCUCUGCUGGACGAGUCAUACACAUGAGUAAUAUAAUUUAUUCAUUGUUGUUGGUAGGGAA